CCCGACACUCCCACCAUGAUGAUGUUAGUUUUCUGUGCCUCUCUUCAUCUUCAAUCAUGCCAGAAAGCCUACGGAGUUCCGGCGGCUCGCAGGGCCUGCUGCUAAAGACCUUUUUGAAUGGUCUAUCACUUGUCGUUACGCUUUCACUCGUUCUAUUCACCUAUGAACGUGCUGUGAUACCAAUCUACGCUUCAGUCCCAACCAGACUAUAUCUCCCUCAUUUCGCCCUCCUAGCCCUAGCGAUCCCACAUUUUCAACCAUUCAAACAUCUAAGAAGACUAUUACAGUGGAAAUGGUUUGUCGCGGGACUGGCAUUGGCACUGGCGCCCAAUGCCAUGUAUUGGGUUGCAAUAUGGACCGCAAGGUGGAAGGAUCCGUAUCUAGGUCCAGUUGUUCUACAUGCUGUGGUGUUACUCCCAUUGGUAUCUGCCAUCGCAAACUGUACUGUGUCUCACAAAGAUGUCCCAAAACCUACACUUUCAAUAAUGAACAUGGCCGUGCCCUUUGCGUCUUACCCAAUAGCCACGUAUCUCGCAGGCAUUCUAGCCAGCCAGCCCUCCCUAUUCGAUGUGUCGAAUAGUCAGAUCUUGCUUAUCCUGUCUGAUCUCACUAUCAACUAUGGACUCGUGCAUACAGACUUUACACGAUCUUUGGCUGUUGUGCCAUCAUCCAAACCUAGCAAGGUUCAGAAAAAACGCGUCUCUUCAUCCCCAUCAUUAUCCAUGCCACCUAUAUGGAAGAAAUUCGCUGCCUUAGCAUGUUUCAAUUUAUUUUUCUUUCUAUCUUUCUAUCGGAUACUUCAUUCGCCUGUCCUUCCUGAUCCUCUCAAACUCCCGCUCGUACUCCCCAAACCCACCGCAGACGGAGUUCGCAUUCAAAUUCUCUCGUCAGUCCAAUCUACGACCGGACUCAUUGUGGUCGGAGAAGCCAUGACGCCUCCCAAAAAAGACCUUGAGGCUUACGAAAAAUCUGGGGCUAUCCACAGUGUGCGCUAUCUCCGCGCAGCUCAUUCACUUUUGGGUGGGGUCUGGUUUGGUCCACGAGCUAUGGUAAUGACAGAAGACGAUAAGCCUUUGAGAGAUUCAAUAGGUGUUGUUUUAGGAGAUUCGAUCUAUGGCACAUUUGUGCUGCAGGAAGCAGCGAGACUUGUCAACAGUACACACAAGGCACCAGAAAACGCGUUGAUAAUCGGACUGGGGGCAGGAAUCGCAGCGACUGCAUUUCAUCGGCACAACCUAAACGUUAGCAUUAUCGAAAUCGAUCCGGCUGUGUAUAACGCCGCCCGCAAAUUCUUCGGACUUCCUGAUCUUGGACCCAAUAAUGUUUUCUUAGAAGAUGCUCGAGGAUGGGCUGCCCGAAAACACGAUGAAUCUCACAAGCCGGGAACUGAGUCAACUUUGUACGACAUUGUUGUACAUGAUUGCUUCUCCGGGGGAGGCGUUCCACAACAGCUAUUCUCCGUGGAAUUCUUGGAGGACUUGAAAAGUGUAAUGCACCCAGAGGGUGUCAUAGCUGUGAACUUUGCGGGCUAUGUGUUAUCGGAAGCUUCUCGGUUGAUUCUACGCACACUUGAGAAAGCCUUCGGGGGGCAAUGCAAAGCGUUCUUUGACGCUAUGACAUCGUUGACGGAGGAACAACUUCGGGACGAUUUUAUGAACAUCGUAUUUUUCUGCUCCCCCUCCCCGGAGCCUCUCACGUUCCGUCCCGCGUACAUACAUGACCUUCUUGGAUCUCCGCUCCGAAGGCAAAUGUUAGGGACUUUGCAUUCAAGAGAAAUAGACUUAUCCUUGUUAAGGGAAGGCGAUAAACAGGAUAAGGAAAAGGGGUUGCCAGACGUGAUAAUUGAUGCAAAUAAUCCACUGGGAAAAAUGCAAGAGCAAAAAGCUCAUCAUCAUUGGGAGUUAAUGAGAGAAGUGCUUCCGGAUGUUAUCUGGGAGACGUAUUAAGUGGUUCUUACUCGAUUGUUUGUACUAUUGGGGUAUCGUCGGUACUAACUUUGCGAGUAUUAUCCCUGUCUUUGGAGUAAUAACUUAUCGAUACGCUAGGACUCAAAGCUUGGACAUCUUCGAACGCUAUAGUUUCCGAAAAUUCUUAUGAUAUGACUGCGAAGGGGUUAUUUAUCGACUUGUUUUGAACAUGCUGACUUGCAAACUGUCCUGUCCUAUUCUUGCGACUACGGAUGUCUUCUUUAUCUGGACCAUCUAUGAAGAAACAUGUGGUCCACGUAGAAUUGUCGAAGCCAUCUCCAACCUGAAGCUUUGGU